CAAUUUAGCACGUCAAAUAGACGAAGAUUAUGUGCCUCAACAAUAUUAUAAUUUCAUGAAAAAACGUUUAACUAUUUCUUUGGACUGUUUUAAAUGUUGUAAUAGAAUAGAUAAACCAGUAAUCUUUCGCCCAAAAUUAAUUUCGCCGUUUAGAUGUAUUGUGCUUUUGAUGUUUCUACAUACUAAGUGAAGGCUUCGGAGUACCGUAUUUCCAAAUAGAUUCCAUUUGGAAAGCUUGAAUUUUCAAUAUUACGCGCCGUGUGUGUUUGCAGUUGCGACUAGCAUCGAACAUUCAUAAAUAUUUAUGCGAAACUGAACAGUGAAGUGACCUUUGCCUCUGGUGUUACCCAAUCUAUACCCACUACCGGUGCUCGGUGUUUUUUUCGUGUUUCCGUUCCGUGCUGCAGUGAUAAAUUAUCGGACUUACUUCCUGCUGCCUGUUUACGCUAACCGACAACAAAACCUCCUACAUUCCUAACCCUGUCAUAAUCCCAUUCCCUAGUUUCCCGCCCAAAAAGAAAAAACACCACAGACAAAAAAACCUAAAGUUUUCUUUGGCAAAGACACCGCGCUCAAACAGCCAAGACAGCAAUGGCUGGUUUGAAGUGCGUUUAAAAGCCGUGGUAGAGUAGUGACAAUGAGUUCCUCUCCAGCCCUGGAGUCCCUCCCCGGUCCCGCCACCACCCCCUCGUCGCCGGCGCUGCGGCCCCCGGAGUAUCCGCCGUUUCACACGUCCACGCCGAACUACGUUGGGAAGAAGCAGUUCCAGUCACAGAUUAACGUGAAUCUGCCGGUGACAGCGCCCGCCACGCCCCCUAUUUACGGAGAGCCGACGCUAACGCCGCCGCCGCGGUCACCGGGUGCUCCGCCGUCCGCCGACGCGCGCUCGCCCGCCCCUGACGGCACCUCGUCUGAUAAGUCUUCGGAGACAGCGGUGGGUGGUGUCUCGCGCGCGACCAGCACGGCGCUCUCUCGCAAGGAGAGCUACAAGGCGCAGAGGCAGCACUACAGAAGAGAAAAGAAGCGUGUAGCCACAGCGCUUCUACACUCGAUAGAAGACCCCUCUGUUGUGGUGCUAGCUGAUUGGUUGAAGGUUCGAGGAUCUCUGAAAUCAUGGACAAAGCUGUGGUGCGUGUUGAAGCCCGGACUUCUGUUGCUCUAUAAAAGCCCCAAAGCUAAGAGCAGCCACUGGGUGGGAACAGUUCUCCUGACGUCCUGCCAAGUGAUUGAACGACCGAGUAAGAAGGACGGAUUCUGUUUCAAACUAUACCAUCCACUAGAGCAGAGCAUCUGGGCUCCUAGAGGGCCGCAUAAUGAGACUAUAGGAGCGGUGGUCCAGCCUCUACCGACAGCUCACCUCAUAUUCCGGGCUCCCUCACAAGCCGCCGGACACUGCUGGCUGGACGGACUAGAGUUGGCGUUGCAAUGCACCAACGCUAUGCUCAGAUGCAGCCGAAGCCGCGUGGAGGCGGCCGCGGACGCCGCGCCCGAGCCCACCAUCUCUCACGAGGAGUUGGAGAAACACUUCAAUGAGCACGAAUCCUAUGCACUGUGUUUGUAUGCUACAACUAAAACAGUCUUAAAGCUAUCUGAGACGUUUUCUUGUAGCUCACCUACACCGCUAAUGUUUGUAAGUGACUAUUCGCCAAAACGCCACGGUUCGACCGAUAGAAAGUCGUCCAAAAACCCGGACAGGAAGAUAUCCAAAUGGGCACAAUUCAUGGAAAGCAUUGAGCGUAUGAGCCGUGAAACAGAACAGUCCACAGAUUCCCAAACUCCGGACAAAGACGAAAAAGGUUUCCUAGACUUUAACUUCUUGAAGAAAAUCGACGUUUUCGAACGCAACGCCCCGUCUACAUCCUCCGCGAGGAUUGUAGCGGUUUCCGAACCGAAGAAUUUAAAACCUACAAGCAAAAGCGUUGCCUCUAGUCCGGCGCGGCCGAAAACCGAAGCGCUAGUCAAAAAAGCUCCGAUAUUACGCUGCUUUGAACUGCCAAAACUUCUAGACAAGCCGAGGAUUAAAGACAAGAUGUCGCCAGCCAGUAUUAUUGAGGAAAACUUCGAGAAGAUUCUAUCGUCUUUCCCCAAACGUCGCAGCUCCACUCCUUGUUCGCAAAAGAUUCCAUUGCAACAGAAGCGAAUCAGCCAGUUAAGAGAAUCCGGGGCUAAAACUGACUCGGAAAAUGAUGAUGUGUUUCUCAAAAGCCACGUGACGAAAGGCAAAAGAAUGGGGUCAGAGUUGAUAUGCAAAACGCCGGAGAAUAUAGUGAUAACUAAGACAGCGCCAUCUAUUGAGCGCUUCCGGCGGUACAGCUCGUCUUCGACCGACGAUGUUGAGGACGUCGAAAGGGCUGGAUCGGCCAACACUCCGGACAAGUUUUCCCUCAUUGACUACUACAAGCUGCCGUCUACCUGUCUCCAGUCGGCGCGAGAGGAGAAAAGAGACGAAAGAUUCUCGUCGCAAAACGUCUAUGUGUCCGGGAAAAUUGUCUCGAACGAGCUGGCGGGCGCGGCGUCGGACAGCGACAGCGCGGACGGCAACAUGGCGCCGCGGCCCCUCACCAGGGAAGAUGUGCUGGCGACUUACGAGGAGAAGUAUGAAGAGGACCAGGACACGGAGAUUGGACUGGCCGGUGAACUGGUAGAGGAAGUGGCUGAGGAGAACAAGUCAUUGCUGUGGUUCCUCCUGAAACAAGUGAGGCCCGGGAUGGACCUUAGUAAGGUGGUGUUACCUACAUUUAUACUGGAGCCGCGUUCGUUCCUGGACAAACUGGCGGAUUCGUACUACCACGCGGAUAUACUGUCAGAAACCUCAAACCUCGAGGACCCGUACCUCCGCUUCAAGGGCGUCCUGCGCUGGUACCUGUCGGGGCUGUACCGCAAGCCCAAGGGGCUGAAGAAGCCCUACAACCCGGUGCUGGGCGAGCUGUUCCGCUGCAGCUGGAAGCACCGCUCGGGGGCGGUCACUUACUACGUAGCCGAACAGGUCUCACAUCACCCGCCUGUGUCGGCUUUCUACGUGUCCAAUAGAAAGGAUGGAUUCGUUAUAGAAGGAAGCUUACUUGCCAGAUCUAAGUUUUACGGCAACUCAACAUCCGCCAUUUUGGAGGGUUGCGCCCGAGUCCACCUAUUGCGAUGGGGCGAGACAUACGUGACGACGGCGCCCUACGCGCACUGCAAGGGCAUCGUGGUGGGCACGCUCAGCAUGGAGCUGGGCGGGAAGGUCCACAUUCUUUGUCCAGACACGGGAUACCAAGCUGACGUUGAUUUCAAAUUACGGUCAUUCCUAGGCGGCUCCGAGCAGACUAACUCCAUAUCUGGCCGCAUAAAGCGAGGCAAGGACACCGUGGCCACCAUAGAGGGCUACUGGGACGCACGCAUCGACAUCAAGGAGAAACAGAGCGGGGAAGAAUCAACGCUCCUAGAUGUGGGCAUCCUAAAGCAACACCGUCUGAACCGGUACCUGGUGAAGGAAGCUCAACAGACUCCCACAGAGUCCCAGCGCCUGUGGGCCCGAGUGUCCGCCGCCAUACGGAAUGAGGACCAGAUCGCAGCCACAGAAGAAAAGACAAUAAUAGAGGAGGGACAACGCACGCGCGCGCGCAGCCAGCUGUCGCCCUGGGUGCCGCGGAUAUUCUACAAGGACCAGAACGUCAUCGCACCCAACGGUAUUGCAGAGCAAGGCUGGAGAUAUCAUCACAAGAAUGUUAGUCCGUGGCAAGCGGAGGAGAUCAUAGAGUACGAGGACGACUUCGUGAUCAAAUCGCUGACGAAGGGCGGCGGAGGCAGCCUCGACCGCAUCAGGAGCAGUCUUGAACAGAAGCAAGCGCUGCACGCUGAGAGGUCUGACUCCGACAGUCGCGAGGACACGGCGCGCCGGUCGAAGUCCACGCGUACCAUAAAGCAGUCGCUUCUAGCCAUAGACACGGCGCUGCGGGAGCAGGCGGCCGCCAUCGAAAAACUGUCCAAAAACGUGGAAACACUGAACGAAAACCAAAGAACAGUGUCUAUGACACGGCACUCAAUGUCGGGUGACACUUCCGCCUACCCGUGGCAAAUACUGGGCGGGUUUAUAGUCGCGAUUAUACUCCAAGCGAUCGUGAACUGGCUGUUUCCAUCCAAAUAGUUUUGUGCCUUGCCAAGCUGCAUUGUUCUGAGCUUCUGACGUCUGACGCGCGGGCGGGCCGAUUCUGACAGCUGUCGGCAUGACAGCUGCUGUCAAACGCAAAGUGAUGGCGCGUAGUGUUGAAUUUUGACGUUUCAGAAUGUUGCCAAUAAAGACAUAGAUAGCGUUAUUUAUUAGGUUCGGCUUGUGAAUGUAGAGUAAGGAUGGGUUAUUUUAAACUGGCAACACUUUCCGUAGAGUUUUCGCAGGUUAGAGAGAUUUUCUGACAGCUCAUUUAAGAAUUAAACAUAGAUGGCGCCAGUACUGGCUAUUAUUUUGUUUUUUAAAUAAACUGUCAAAAAAUCUCAUUUAAUCAAACUUUGUUCCUUUUUGUUGCCAGGCGUGAUAGGUUACAUUCACUCUACUUUCAUUUGUCACGCUAUGAUUUCCCGUUUUGAUGUUAGGUUUAAACUAAAUAAGCGAAUAAGCCAUAAUGUGAAUGCAAUUUUUGUGUAUUUCGUUUAGUUUUUUAUCUUCUAAAGGUAAGCGUCAACCUAUCGGUAUCGUACGAAUAGGACCAAAC